GAGCCAUUAGGUCACAUGACCAGUGAGGUAAAUGUGCAUGCGGGGAAAGAAAAGGAAAAGAAGAGCAAUCUGUUGGAGGCAUUCUGGCACUCUCUUCCUCUGCCGUUCUUCAAACCCACACACUCUUCGUCACUCACUCUCUCUCUCUUUGACGCCGCCUUCUUCUCAAUGGAGGCCAUGAGAAGAAAGCAGCCCGCUGGUCUAGCCGUGGAUCGGUCUGGGUCCUCAACGAAAGAGGAACUGGAUCCAGCAAGCGAUGGAGAAGAAAUGUCAGGUGGAGUUGAGGAGGUACCAGGCAGGAUGUCCCCUCCAGGCACAGAGGCGAUGCUCAAUGGCAAUGAGUUUGACGACACAAGGCACAAGAACCUGACAAUUAGCAACAAUAAGACUGCACUGUUGGUGAAUGAGAAUGGUAUGUCUGACACGGAGCCACCCCACGGUUCUGUCACUGGAAGCAAUGGAUUCAUUCUGGCAAAGCAGCAGCAGCAGGACGGCAGCGCAGCUGCAGUGAACCCUGCUUCAGGAGUUUCCCCUCACAGGACUAGCUGGUCACCUUUGGGCCAGGCAGGAGGGGGACCCAUAGCCAAACCUGCCCCUACUGCGCUAUCGGGGUGUGGGCGGGACCCAGGCGCUUUAAGGACUGCCACUGGUACGGGGACCACAACAGGGCAGGGAACGUCGGACAUUAAAAAUGGCACAGUUUCCAGUCCCACCUCACCUUCAGGUCCUGCUACCGUACACAGAGCACGUAAAACCAUGUCCAGACCUGCUGUCAGCCCGGCACAGAAGCUUCUUAACAAGGAGCUGCGUGAGGCAAAGAACGCCAAAAUGGAGAAUAUUUGUGCAGCGGACGCACAGCAGCUUCCCGCUCGGUCUCAUCUACCUCAGAAUCCAUCUGAUACGCCAUCUUCAGAACAAACCGCUCCAUUAACUCCACCAGCAGUUACUGCAGAACCUGCUGCGUCUUCGGCUUCUCCAGCUGCCUACAAGCUCCAGCUAGGGGCAUUCUCGUCAGGAUUGUCAUCUCGGAAAAAGAAGAGGAGGAUGGGAACAUACAGUCUGGUUCCCAAAAAGAAAACCAAAGUGCUAAAGCAGAGAACUGUACUGGAAAUGUUUAAGGAACUGCAGCAAUCUGCCAAGAGCCCCCAGACUAAAGACAUUAAUGGGGAAAAAGUAGCAAAUGCAUCCGAGGAAGAAGAGUCAGAAGAGAUGGAGUCAGAGGAAGAGGAGCGACGGCGGGCACAUCAAACUUCUGCGGAGCAGGAAACCGCAGAACCCAAUGACAAGGUGAAGGACGAGCACGAGUCUGAAGAGUCCGGGGAGGAGGAGGGAGAGGAGGAGGGCACAGAGUCGGACUUGAGCACUGAGUCUGCAUUAAAGAAAAGGCUGAAGAAGAAAAGCAAGGCAGACAGCGCCUGGCUAAGGCCUUCCAGGAAAAGGAAGAGGAGGAUGAAGACCAAAGACGGCCCAGAGGCGGGGGGUCAGCCUCAAGUGUCUCACCCCUCUGGUCCACAUGGUGACAAAGAGUACACACACAUCGGGCCCCUGGAGCCCUUCAGCACAAACACAACGUCAGAAAGCAAAGCUCCAGUGAUGGAGGAGGCGCAUGAGCUGCCGCUCUGCAGCUGUCGUAUGGAGACCCCAAAGAGUCGAGAGAUUCUCAUCCUCGCUGACAGGAAGUGCAUGGCCACAGAGAGCGUCGAUGGCCAGCUAACCCGCUGUCAAAGCGCUGUGAUGAAGCACGAAAUGAUGCGACCCUCCAACUCCGUUCAGCUGCUGGUUCUGUGUGAGGACCACCGCAACGGCAUGGUGAAGCACCAGUGCUGUCCAGGCUGUGGCUUCUUCUGCAGAGCAGGAACCUUCAUGGAGUGCCAGCCAGACGUCAGCAUCUCUCACCGUUUCCAUCGAGCGUGCGCCUCGGUGCUGAAGGGUCAAAGCUUCUGUCCCCACUGUGGCGAAGAGGUCAGCAAGGCCAAGGAGGUAACCAUCGCCAAGGCGGACACCACCUCCACUGUGCCCUCAGCCGCCGUGCUCGGCUCGGCCCCGCUCUGCGCUCCUGAGGGCCGGGCAGACACCACUACCGGCAGCUCUGUGAGCGUGGCGGUUGGCGCUGAAGCUGGAGGGAAGGCUGACAGUUCCAUUUCCCUUCCUUCUGCGCAUGGACUCAACAGCUCGGCUGUUCCUGGUUCAUCCAGGAGCACAUCUCUGCAGAGCGACAGCAGAUCAACAGCUUCACCUACACUCCUUCAGGGAGCACCCAGGGAAACUCUGGAGAGCGUCCUGGUUGCUCUGGACACAGAGAAGCCCAAGAAGCUGCGGUUUCAUCCCAAACAGCUGUAUCUCUCUGCCAAGCAGGGAGAGUUAAAGAAGGUGGUCCUGAUGUUGGUGGAUGGUAUUGACCCAAACUUUAAAAUGGAGUCUCAAAACAAGCGCACACCACUGCACGCAGCCGCCGAGGGGGGGCACAAAGACAUCUGCCACAUGCUGGUGCAGUCUGGAGCAAACUUGGACAUGUGUGACGAAGACCAGCGGACUCCGCUGAUGGACGCCUGUGAGAACAACAACAUGGAGGUUGUGCUGUACUUGCUGAGAGCCGGAGCCAGUGCCAACCAUAAGGAUGUUGAAGGGUUCACGUGUCUCCACCUAGCUGCAAAGUCAGGUCACUACAACAUAGUUCAGCAUCUUCUGUCCACAGGCCUGAUCAACGUCAACUGUCAGGAUGAUGGAGGCUGGACGGCAAUAAUCUGGGCCACCGAGUACAAACAUGCAGACCAGGUGAAGCUGCUGCUCUCCAAAGGAGCUGACAUCAGCAUCAGGGAUAAGGAGGAGAACAUUUGCCUUCACUGGGCGGCGUUUUCUGGCAGUGUAGACAUCGCCGAGCUGCUGCUGAACGCCAGCAGCGAUCUGCACGCAGUGAACAUCCACGGAGACUCUCCUUUGCACAUCGCUGCACGGGAGAACCGCCUGGACUGUGUCACACUCUUCUUGUCUCGAGGUGCAGAUGUGUUUCUGAAGAAUCGUGAGGGAGAAACUCCUCCAGACUGCUGCAGCCACAACUCCAAGGCCUGGGCUGCCCUGCAGGCCGGCAGGAGGGACAGGGAUGCCAGGAACUCCAGGCUCAACCAGGCGGAGCAGAAGCUUCUUCACAGAGACGUUUCUUUAGGGCAGGAAAGAGUUCCCAUUCCAUGUGUCAAUUCUGUUGACAAUGAGCCCCACCCAGAAGACUACAAGUACAUCUCUGAAAACUGCGUCACCUCCCCUUUGAACAUCGAUCGCAACAUUACACACCUGCAAUACUGUGUUUGUAAGGAGGACUGCUCCUCCAGCAUCUGCAUGUGCGGACAGCUGAGUCUGCGCUGCUGGUACGACAAGCACGGCCGCCUGCUGCCCGAGUUCUGCCGGGAGGAGCCCCCCCUCAUCUUCGAGUGCAACCACGCAUGCUCCUGCUGGAAGACCUGCAGGAACCGCGUAGUCCAAAAAGGACUCAGAACCAGACUUCAGCUUUUCAGGACAAGAAAAAAGGGCUGGGGUGUCCGGGCUCUGCAGGACAUACCGAAGGGGACCUUUGUCUGCGAGUAUGUGGGUGAGAUCAUCUCUGAAGCAGAGGCAGACAUGAGGCAGAUGGACGCUUACCUGUUCAGUCUGGACGACAAGCCUCAAGACCUGUACUGCAUCGAUGCCCGUUUCUACGGCAACAUCAGCCGCUUUUUGAACCACAUGUGCGAGCCCAACUUGUUUGCUUGUCGAGUGUUCACCACACACCAGGACCUCCGUUUCCCACACGUUGCCUUCUUUGCCAGUGAGAACAUCAAGGCAGGGGAAGAGCUCGGAUUUAAUUAUGGCGAUCACUUCUGGGAGGUCAAAAGCAAGCUGUUCACAUGUGAAUGCGGCUCCCCCAAGUGUAAGUUCUCCUCUUCCGCCAUGGCGUCCCUGCAGGCUGACAGCACCCCCGAGGACCAGCAGCAGCCCAGCGCCUCGCCUGACACCAGCUCUUCCAGCAGCCCCUGCUAAAACCAACACACACACCCACCUACACACACACACUACGUUUGGCCACACGGGGGCUCCUGACCUUAUAUGAACUUGUACUGUAUCCGCUUCCCCUUGAUACGUUGGUUCCCCGACCUUCAUGAGGACGGAGACACUCUGACACAGACUCAGAUGACACAGACUCAGAUGCACAAUCAAAUCCUGGAAGAAGUCCGAGCUGAUGAAGAACAGGAGGGAGUUGCAUCAUGCACAGCAGACCCCCCCCCCCCAGGACAGAAACCGUCUGUACAUUUCAUACUCCCCUGUGCUGGGCAGGGCACCUGUGUUUUUCUUCUUACGUUAAGAAAAGGAGCUGACUUUGCUGCGAUCCAGGAGUUUUGAGGCGCCCGCGCUCAAACCUUCGCCAUCUUUAACCACGAACCAUUCCAGCGAGAUCAGCUGAUCACUUUCGAAUAUGUUGCCACUUUGGUCUCUUCUGAUCUUCUUUGUUGUGAUUGAAAAGACGUGUUGAGGGUUGAAUCAGGGUUGAAACCAACAAAGAAGUGAAGCAAAAGGUCGACUUUUAAAUAAGAUUUUUUUUUUUCUCGCAGACCGACCGCCUUUUUGAAGUGAGGCGUUUGUGGUCCGCACCAAUUGGCUAAGCAUUUUUUUUAUGAAACCCUUUAGGGUGGGUGGGGGCUGAAAUGUGUCAUAAAUUUAGGGCAGUACUGGAGGAACUAAAGGUUUCAACUUUCUAAAACAUCAACAAGAACAUGGUGCUGACAAAGGUUUUUACUUUUGUUUUCAUUUUUAUUGUCCAAGUGAACAUAGUUUGUAAAAUAAGAGAACGUUUUUAUGUUUUUUAUGUUUAAUUUUAUCUCCAGUUUUCUAAUCGUAGACAUCCUGGUCGGGUUUUGAUGAUUUUGCAGACAGAAGCCAAACUGUCGUUUUAACUGUUUGUAGGAAACCGAGCUUGCAGGUGGGAAAUGGGAGGCGGGGUUAGACGUGCACUUCCAUUAUGUUCUGUUACAUUAUCUCUGGACAGUGAACCAUCCAUCUGAUUGGUUGUAUCUUUUUCAAUAAAUUUAUUACUAAUGCA